AUGAAAAAGAUUUCACAAAGUACAAUCAUUUCAUUGUUCAAUCCAAAGGGAAUGUUAACCCAAAAAAACAGAACUUGGAAUCAAUAUGGAUCUUUAAUCAAACAUCUAAAUCAAUUACAAGAUGUUAAAGUUAUCGUGUUAAGUGGUACUGGGAAACAUCUUUCAGCUGGUAUUGAUUUGAAAAGUUCAUUUAAAAUGUUUAAAGAAACUUCACAAAAAACUAAAGCUCAAACAUUAGAAUUUCUUAAAAAAUUUCAAAAUGAUAUUAAUAUUGGUGUUGGUUCGAAAAUUCCAAUCAUUUCAGUGGCUCAUGGUGUUUCAUUUGGAUUAGCUUUAGAUCUUAUUUCUGCAACUUCAAUUAGAUUAGCUUCAAAAGAUUCAAGAUUCUCUAUAAAAGAAAUUGAUAUUGGAAUCAUUGCAGAUAUUGGUUCUUUACAAAGAUUACCUAUAUUAUCAAAUAAUGUAUCCAAGAUAUAUGAAUAUGCAUUAACUGGUGAUGAAUUUAAUUCACAAGAUGCUUUUGAUCUUGGACUUGUUAGUAAUGUUUUCUCUUCAAAAGAAGAAGCUUUAAACAGAGCUUUUGAAAUUGCAAAUAAGAUAUCUUUGAAAUAUCAACCAGCAGUUCAUGGAACUAAACAAAAUUUAGAUUUAGUCACUUCAAAUAGUCAAAUUGUGUCAAAGGGACUUGAACAAGUUGGAAUUGAUAAUACAAAUUUAAUGAAGGAUCCUAAAUUUUCUGAAUUUUUUGUGAAAUCAACUAAAAAACUUGGUUCUAAACUAUAA